GCCGCCCGGGCGCGGCCACUCCGCACGGACCCGCUCCGGGACCGCCAGGAACCGGCACCGGGCAUGGCCCGGCCCGGCAGCUGAGCCCGCAGGCUGGGAGGUGACACCGGAGCCGCCGCGAGGUUCCCGAGCGAGGGCCGAGGAUUCCUGGGCGGAUCCGGCCGGGACCGGGACCGGGACCGGGACCGGGGACCCCACCAAGAUGGAGCGCGAGGAGGAGGAGGAGACGCGGGAGAUCCUCCUGCCCAGCUGGGAGGGCAGCGGCUCCCACGGCAUCACCAUCGACCAGACCGAGCACGGCGUCUUCGUGCGCCGCGUCCAGCAGAACUCGCCCGCCGCCCGCAUGGGCGUCGUCAAGGAAGGGGAUCAGAUCGUCAGUGCCACCGUCUACUUUGCGCACCUGCAGUCGGGGGAGGUGGCGCAGCUGCUGCAGAGCGUGGGCCAGCACCCGCUGGGGCUGCGGCUGCAGCGCCGCGGUGACCGCCCGGACACGGCCGGACACGGCUGCGGCCACCGGGACACGGCCGGACACGGCUGCGGCCACUGGGACCCCGCCGGACACGGCUGCGGCCACUGGGACCCGGCCGGACACGGCUGCGGCCACUGGGACCCCGCCGGACACGGCUGCGGCCACUGGGACCCCGCCGGACACGGCUGCGGCCACUGGGACCCCUCCGGACACGGCUGCGGCCACCGGGACCCCGCGCCCGGCAGCCCCGAGGUUGUGCUGAGCGGCGAUGACGAAGAGUACCGGCGCAUCUACACCACCAAAAUCAAACCGCGGCUCCGCUCCGAGGAGAUCCCGGACGCCGAGGCCGGGGGGACGCAGAGCAGAACCAUCACCGUCACCCGCAAGGUCACCGCCUACACCGUGGACGUCACCGGCCACGACGGCGACCUCGGCGUCAUCGGCGGCCCCGAAUUCCACGCCCGCGUCCCCGGGGUGACACCCGAGGGGCUUCACCUGCGGACGGAGCCCCAGAGCCAAAUUCCUGCUGGAGAAACUGGAAAAUCCCUCCCGGGCUGGAAGGGCUCCGCUGCCUUCCCGGGGUCUCCCCGGAUCGAGGCCAACGGACAGUUCGGAGAUCUGGACGGGCGAUUCCACGCUCCGUGUCCGCAGGGAGAGCUCGUGGGCUCCUCCUCCUCCUCCUCACCGCCGCCGGAUGUGGGGAAAAUCAAAAUCCCGGCGUUAAAAAUCCCCAAAUUCGGGUUCCAGGCUGGCGGAGAAGCUCCGGCCCCGCAGGCGGGCGGCGGGAUGGACGUCACCCGCCCAUCCCCACCGGACAUUCCACGGGUGGACGUGGCGGUCAAAGGCGUCACCGAGGCUCCACCGGACGUCCCCGGCCUGGAGCUCCCGGACGGCGCCAAAGGGAAAAUCCAAAUCCCGCACUUGACCUUCCCCAAAUUCACCGCCCAGGGCGCCGGCGCUGCCGCGGAGGUCCCCAAGGGGGUGGCCGUCCCCGAGGUGGCCCUGGAAGGAGAAUGGAAAGGCCCCACCUUCAAGAAGGUGGAAACGCCCCAGAUUUCGCUGUCGGACGUGAACCUGAACCUGAAGGGACCCAGGGUGGAAGGGGACCUGAAAGGACCCGGCCCCAAGGGGCUCCAGGUGGACGUGAAGGGUCCGGAGGUGGCAGUGGCCGGUCCGGGGGGUGGCCUGAAGGGCGUGGAGAUGGACGUUGGCGUGAAGGGAGGAGUGGACGUGUCCCUGCCGACCGUGGGCGGUGAAUUGAGGGGUCCCCAGCUGGACCUCAAAGGGCCCCAGAUUGGGGUGGAGGUGCCUGGAGUGGACAUCAAAGGCCCCGCGGUGAAGAUGCCCGAGAUGAGCAUCAAGACCCCCCAGAUCUCCGUGCCCGGUGUGGACCUCAAAGGACCCAAAGUCAAGGCAGAUUUGGAUGUUUCCGCCCCAAAACUGGAAGGGGAGCUGAAGACCCCAGGACUGGACAUCAAAGGCCCCAAAGUCGAGGUGGAAACGCCGGAUUUGGAGCUCCAAGGACCCGAGGGGAAGCUGAAGUUCCCCAAGCUGAAAAUGCCCAAAUUUGGGGUGAAAGGAGAGACCCCCAGCGUGGACGUGACCCUUCCCAAAGCGGGGGUGGACAUCUCCGGCCCCAAGGUGGACGUCAGCAUCCCCAACGUGGACAUCAAAGGCCCCAAAGUGGACAUUGAAGCACCUGAAAUGGACAUUCAGGGCCCCGAGGGAAAAUUCAAGAUGCCCAAGUUCAAGAUGCCCAAAUUUGGGAUGCCCGGGGUGAAAGCAGAAGGUCCCGAGGUGGACGUGAACCUCCCGAAAGGCGGCGUGGAGGUGUCCGGCCCCAAGGUGGACGUUGAGGCGCCGAAUUUGGACAUCCAGGGGCCCGAAAUGAACCUCAAGGCCCCCAAAAUCUCUGUGCCGGACGUUGACCUGACCCUGAACGGCACCAAGGCCAGCGGCGACCUGGACGUGUCCGUGCCGGGGUUGAAGGGCCCAGGACUGGACAUCAAAGGCCCCAAAGUCGAGGUGGAAACGCCGGAUUUGGAUCUCCAAGGACCUGAGGGGAAGCUGAAGUUCCCCAAGCUGAAAAUGCCCAAAUUUGGGGUGAAGGGAGAGAGCCCCGACCUCGAGGUGGCCCUUCCCAAGGGCAGAGUGGACGUUUCGGGUCCCGGCGUCGCCGUCGAGGUGCCUGGUGUGGACCUGAAGGGCCCCAAGGUGAAGGUGCCCGAGGUGAGCAUCAAAACCCCCCAGAUCUCCAUGCCUGACAUCGACCUGAACCUCAAAGGACCCAAAGUCAAGGCAGAUUUGGAUGUUUCCGCCCCAAAACUGGAAGGGGAGCUGAAGACCCCCGGGCUGGACAUCAAAAGCCCCAAAGUCGAGGUGGAAACGCCGGAUUUGGACCUCCAAGGACCCGAGGGGAAGCUGAAGUUCCCCAAGCUGAAAAUGCCCAAAUUUGGGGUGAAGGGAGAGAGCCCCGACCUGGAGGUGACGCUCCCGAAGGGGGAGAUGGACAUCUCCGGCCCCAGGGUGGACGUGAAUGUCCCGAGCGUGGAUGUGGAAGGGCCGGAGGUGAAAGGGAAAGGCCUCAAGUUCAAAAUGCCCGAACUCAACGUCCAGACCCCAAAACUCUCCAUGCCAGACGUGGAUCUGGGCUUGAAGGGCCCAAAACUGAAAGGAGAUGUUGGAAUUUCUGGGCUGAAGGGCCCCAAAAUUGAGGUGAAAGGCCCCAAGAUGGACGUGGAAGGUGCCAAGAUCGACGUGGAAGGUGCCAAAAUCAACGUGAAAGGUCCCAAGUUGGACGUGGAAGGUCCCAAGUUGGACGUGGAAGGUCCCAAGUUGGACGUGGAAGGUCCCAAGUUGGACGUGGACGUGCCAGAGGUGGAUUUGGAAUGUCCCGAGGGGAAGGUGAAAGGUCCCAAGUUCAAGAUGCCCAAACUCAACAUCAAAUCCCCCAAAAUCUCGAUGCCGGACGUGGAUCUGAACCUGAAGGGACACAAAGUGAAGGGAGAGGUGGACGUGUCCCUCCCCAAGGUGGAAGGGGACAUCAAGGGGCCGAAGGUGGACGUGGAGGUCCCGGAUGUCCACCUGGAGGGUCCAGAGGCCAAACUGAAAAUGCCCAAAAUGAAAUUACCUCAUUUCAACGUGUCCGGCCCCAAACUGGAGGGGCCUGAGGUGGACGUGACCCUGCCCAAAGGAGAGGUGGACAUCUCUGGGCCGGAGGUGGACAUUGAGGGACCGGAGGUGGACGUUGGAGGAGCGGAAGGGAAAUGGAAAGGUCCCAAAUUCCGGAUGCCAAAACUCAACAUCAAAUCCCCCAAGAUCUCCAUGCCGGACGUGGACCUGAACCUGAAGGGCCCCAAGGUCAAGGGGGACAUCGAUGUCUCUGCUCCAAAGCUGGAAGGUGACCUGAAGGCUCCUGAACUGGACAUCAAAGGGCCAAAAGUGGACGUUGAGGUGCCCGAGGUGGAUUUGGAGUGUCCAGAGGGGAAGAUCAAAGGCCCCAAGUUCAAGAUGCCCGAGAUGCACAUCAAGACCCAGAAGAUCUCCAUGCCUGAUGUGGACAUCAACCUGAAGGGUCCAAAGGUCAAAGAUGACGUGGACGUGUCCCUUCCAAAGCUGGAGGGUGACCUGAAGGGUCCUGAACUGGACAUCAAAGUCCCCAAAGUGGACAUUGAGGCACCUGACGUCGACAUCCACGGCCCUGAGGGAAAAUUCAAGAUGCCCAAGUUCAAGAUGCCCAAAUUUGGGUUGAAGGGAGAAGGUCCCGAGGUGGACGUGAACCUCCCAACAGGAAACCUGGAUGUGUCCGGCCCCAAGGUGGACGUGGAGAUGCCGAGUGUGGACAUUGAGGGUCCCGAGGGGAAGAUCAAAGGCCCCAAGUUCAAGAUGCCCGAGAUGAACAUCAAGGCACCCAAGAUCUCCAUGCCCGACAUCGAUUUGAAUCUAAAGGGCCCCAAAGUGAAAGGAGAUGUUGAUGUCUCUGUCCCAAAGCUGGAGGGUGACCUGAAAGGUCCCAAAAUUGACCUCAAGGGCCCCAAAGUGGACAUUGAGGCACCCGAUGUCGACAUCCACGGCCCCGAGGGAAAAUUCAAGAUGCCCAAGUUCAAGAUGCCCAAAUUUGGGAUGAAGGGAGAAGGUCCCGAGGUGGACGUGAACCUCCCAAAAGGAGACCUGGAUGUGUCCGGCCCCAAGGUGGACAUUGAAGGUCCAGAGCUGGACAUUGAGGGUCCUGAAGGAAAACUGAAAGGCCCCAAGUUCAAGAUGCCCGAGAUGAACAUCAAAGCCCCCAAGAUCUCCAUGCCCGACGUCGACUUCAACCUCAAAGGCCCCAAAUUGAAGGGGGACAUCGAUGUCUCUGCUCCAAAGCUCGAGGGUGACCUGAAGGGUCCUGAACUGGACAUCAAAGGGCCAAAAGUGGACAUUGAUGUGCCAGAUGUCGACAUCCACGGUCCUGAGGGAAAAUUCAAGAUGCCCAAGUUCAAGAUGCCCAAAUUUGGGAUGCCCGGGGUCAAGGCAGAAGGUCCCGAGGUGGACGUGAACCUCCCAAAAGGAGACCUGGAUGUGUCCGGCCCCAAGGUGGACGUGGAGAUGCCGAGUGUGGACAUUGAGGGUCCCGAGGGGAAGAUCAAAGGCCCCAAGUUCAAGAUGCCCGAGAUGCAUUUUAAGACCCCCAAGAUCUCCAUGCCCGACAUCGACCUGAACCUCAAAGGUCCCAAGGUCAAGGGGGACAUUGAUGUCUCUGUCCCCAAGCUGGAAGGUGACCUGAAGGGUCCUGAACUGGACAUCAAAGGUCCCAAAGUGGACAUUGAGGCACCCGAUGUCGACAUCCACGGCCCCGAGGGAAAAUUCAAGAUGCCCAAGUUCAAGAUGCCCAAAUUUGGGAUGAAGGGAGAAGGUCCCGAGGUGGACGUGAACCUCCCAACAGGAAACCUGGAUGUGUCCGGCCCCAAGGUGGACAUUGAAGGUCCAGAGGUGGACAUUGAAGGUCCAGAAGGGAAGAUCAAAGGCCCCAAGUUCAAGAUGCCCGAGAUGAACAUCAAAGCCCCCAAGAUCUCCAUGCCCGACAUCGACCUGAACCUGAAAGGCCCCAAGGUCAAGGGAGGUGUGGACGUCUCCGUCCCACAAUUGGAGGGCGAUCUGAAAUGUCCGGAUGUGAACAUUAAAGGUCCGAAGGUGGAUGUGGACGUUCCUGACGUGGACGUUGAAGGUCCUGAGGGAAAGUGGAAGGGACCCAAGAUCAAGAUGCCAGAGAUGAACAUCAAGGCGCCGAAAUUUUCUCUGCCUGAUGUCGACCUGAACCUGAAAGGUCCCAAACUGAAGGGAGACGUGGCUGUGUCCGCCCCAAAAGUAGAAGGAGACGUGAAAGUGCCGGAUCUGGAGUUGAAAGGACCCAAAGUGGACGUGGACGCCCCCGACCUCCAACUGGAGGGCCCCGAGGGGAAGAUCAAAGGCCCCAAGUUCAAGAUGCCCGAGAUGCACAUCAAGGCCCCCAAGAUCUCCAUGCCCGACUUUGACCUGAACCUGAAAGGCCCCAAAGUGAAGGGAGACGUGGACGUGGCCGUCCCGAAAAUCGAGGGAGAUUUUAAAGCCCCAGACGUCGAUGUCAAAGGCCCCAAAGUCAACGUGGAGCUCCCCGACGUUGAGCUGGAGUGCCCCGAAGCGAAGCUGAAGGGCCCCAAGUUCAAGAUGCCCGAGAUGCACUUCAAAACCCCCAAGAUCUCCAUGCCCGACAUCGACCUGAACCUCAGAGGCCCAAAACUGAAGGGGGACGUGGACAUUUCCACCCCCAAACUGGAAGGUGACCUGAGGGGCCCAGAGGUGGACAUCAAAGGUCCCAAACUGGACAUCAAAGCACCUGAGGUGGACAUUGACCUCCCGGAGGGGAAGAUCAAGGGUCCCAAGUUCAAGAUGCCCGAGAUGAACAUCAAGGCCCCCAAGAUCUCCAUGCCCGACUUUGAUCUGAACCUGAAAGGCCCCAAAGUGAAGGGUGACGUCGAUGUGUCCCUGCCCAAGCUCGAAGGGGACCUGAAAGGGCCAGAGGUGUCACUGAAAGGACCAAAAGUGGACGUAGAAGUUCCUGACGUGGAGCUGGAAUGUCCCGAGGGGAAGAUCAAAGGCCCCAAGUUCAAGAUGCCCGAGAUGCACAUCAAGGCCCCCAAGAUCUCCAUGCCUGAUUUCGAUCUCAACCUGAAGGGCCCCAAAUUGAAGGGGGACAUCGAUGUCUCUGUCCCCAAGGUGGAAGGUGACCUGAAGGGUCCUGAACUGGACAUCAAAGGCCCCAAAGUCGAUGUUGACCUUCCUGACGUGGAGCUGGAGUGUCCUGAGGCGAAACUGAAGGGCCCCAAGUUCAAGAUGCCUGAGAUGCACAUCAAGGCCCCCAAGAUCUCCAUGCCUGACAUUGACCUGAACCUGAAAGGUCCCAAAUUGAAGGGAGACAUCGAUGUCUCUGCUCCAAAGCUCGAGGGUGACCUCAAAGCCCCAGACAUCGACAUCAAAGGCCCCAAAGUCAAUGUGGACAUCCCCGACCUUGAGUUGGAAGGUCCCGAGGGGAAGAUCAAAGGCCCCAAGUUCAAGAUGCCCGAGAUGCACAUCAAGGCCCCCAAGUUCUCCAUGCCCGACGUCGACUUCGGCCUGAAGGGCCCCAAGGUGAAGGGGGACAUCGAUGUCUCUGCUCCAAAGCUGGAGGGUGACCUGAAGGGUCCUGAACUGGACAUCAAAGGUCCCAAAGUGGACAUUGAGGCACCUGACGUCGACAUCCACGGCCCUGAGGGAAAAUUCAAGAUGCCCAAGUUCAAGAUGCCCAAAUUUGGGAUGAAGGGAGAAGGUCCCGAGGUGGACGUGAACCUCCCAACAGGAAACCUGGAUGUGUCCGGCCCCAAGGUGGACAUUGAAGGUCCAGAGGUGGACAUUGAGGGUCCAGAGGGGAAGAUCAAAGGCCCCAAGUUCAAGAUGCCCGAGAUGCAUUUUAAGACCCCCAAGAUCUCCAUGCCCGACAUCGACCUGAACCUGAGAGGACCCAAGGUCAAGGGAGAUGUUGAUGUCUCUGUCCCCAAGCUGGAAGGUGACCUGAAGGGACCUGAACUGGACAUCAAAGGCCCCAAAGUCAAUGUGGACCUUCCUGAUGUGGACAUUGAAGGUCCCGAGGGGAAGAUCAAAGGCCCCAAGUUCAAGAUGCCCGAGAUGCACAUCAAGGCCCCCAAGAUCUCCAUGCCCGAUGUCGACUUCAACCUAAAGGGCCCCAAGUUGAAGGGUGACGUGGACGUGUCCCUUCCAAAGCUGGAAGGUGACCUGAAGGGUCCUGAACUGGACAUCAAAGGCCCCAAAGUGGACAUUGAGGCACCUGACGUUGACAUUCAUGGCCCAGAAGGGAAAAUAAAGUUCCCCAAGUUCAAGAUGCCCAAAUUUGGGUUGAAGGGAGAAGGUCCCGAGGUGGACGUGAACCUCCCAACAGGAAACCUGGAUGUGUCCGGCCCCAAGGUGGACAUUGAAGGUCCAGAGGUGGACGUGGAGCUGCCAGAGGGGAAGAUCAAAGGCCCCAAGUUCAAGAUGCCCGAGAUGAACAUCAAAGCCCCCAAGAUCUCCAUGCCCGACAUUGACCUGAACCUGAAAGGUCCCAAAUUGAAGGGAGACAUCGAUGUCUCUGCUCCAAAGCUCGAGGGUGACCUCAAAGCCCCAGAUAUUGACAUCAAAGGUCCCAAAGUCAAUGUUGACCUCCCCGACCUUGAGUUGGAAGGUCCCGAGGGGAAGAUCAAAGGCCCCAAGUUCAAGAUGCCCGAGAUGCACAUCAAGGCUCCCAAGUUCUCCAUGCCCGAUGUCGACUUCGGCCUGAAGGGCCCCAAGGUGAAGGGGGACAUCGAUGUCUCUGUCCCCAAGCUGGAAGGUGACCUGAAGGGUCCUGAACUGGACAUCAAAGGCCCCAAAGUGGACAUUGAGGCACCUGACGUCGACAUCCACGGCCCAGAAGGGAAAAUAAAAUUCCCCAAGUUCAAGAUGCCCAAAUUUGGGAUGCCCGGGGUCAAGGCAGAAGGUCCCGAGGUGGACGUGAACCUCCCGACAGGAAACCUGGAUGUGUCCGGCCCCAAGGUGGACGUUGAGAUGCCGAGUGUGGACAUUGAGGGUCCCGAGGGGAAGAUCAAAGGCCCCAAGUUCAAGAUGCCCGAGAUGAACAUCAAAGCCCCCAAGAUCUCCAUGCCCGACGUCGACUUCAACCUCAAAGGUCCCAAAUUGAAGGGAGAUGUUGAUGUCUCUGCUCCAAAGCUCGAGGGUGACCUGAAAGCCCCAGACAUCGACAUCAAAGGCCCCAAAGUCAGUGUGGACCUUCCUGAUGUGGAGCUGGAAGGUCCUGAGGGGAAGAUCAAGGGCCCCAAAUUCAAGAUGCCCGAGAUGCACAUCAAGGCCCCCAAGAUCUCCAUGCCCGACGUUGACUUCAACCUGAAGGGCCCCAAGGUGAAGGGGGACAUCGAUGUCUCUGUCCCCAAGCUGGAGGGUGACCUGAAGGGUCCUGAACUGGACAUCAAAGGCCCCAAAGUGGACAUUGAGGCACCUGAUGUCGACAUCCACGGCCCGGAAGGGAAAAUUAAAAUGCCCAAGUUCAAGAUGCCCAAAUUUGGGUUUUCUGGGCCCAAAGUUGAAGGCCCCGAGGUGGACCUGAAUCUUCCAGAGGCUGAGGUCGACAUUUCAGGUCCAAAGGUCGACGUUUCCGUCCCUGACCUGGACAUCGAAGGCCCCGAUGGGAAACUGAAGGGUCCCAAGUUCAAGAAGCCGGAGCUGCAGUUCAACGUCCCCAAGAUCUCCAUGCCCGACAUCGACCUCAACCUGAAAGGCCCCAAACUCAAAGGUGACCUCGACGCUUCUCUUCCCAAGGUCGAGGGCGAGCUGAAAGGCCCCAAACUGGACAUCAAGGGGCCAGAGCUGGAGCUGGAGGGGCCAAAAGUUGACCUUGAAGGAAAAGCUAAAAAAUCCAGGUUUAAACUUCCCAAGUUUGGCUUUUCUGGCCCAAAAGUUCAAAGCCCUGAGGUGGACGUGAAGCUUAAAAAACCCGAGGUGGAAGUGUCCGGCCCCAAAGUUGAGGUCCAGGCUCCGGAUUUGGACAUCCAGGGAAAAUCCAAGGGCUCCAAAUUCAAAAUGCCUUUUCUGAACAUUUCUUCACCCAAAGUCUCGAUGCCGGACGUGGAGCUGAACCUGAAGGGACACAAAAUGAAAGGGGAGUUUGACCUGUCCACCCCCAAGCUGGAAGGGGAACUGAAAGGUCCUGAGGUGGACAUCAAGGGCCCCAAGGUCAACAUCGAGGCCCCAGACGUGGACGUUCACGGCCCGGAGGGGAAAAUCAAAAUGCCCAAGUUCAAAAUGCCCAAAUUUGGUGUUUCUGGGUUUAAAGGGGAGGGGCCAGAGGUGGACGUGAACCUGCCGACAGCAGAACUGGACGUGUCAGGUCCUAAGGUGGACAUUGAAGGUCCAGAGGUGGACAUUGAAGGUCCAGAAGGGAAGAUCAAAGGCCCCAAGUUCAAGAUGCCCGAGAUGAACAUCAAAGCCCCCAAGAUCUCCAUGCCCGACAUCGACCUGAACCUGAAAGGUCCCAAAGUGAAGGGAGACGUGGACGUGUCCUUGCCCCAGGUGGACCUGAAAGGACCCAAGGUGGAGGUGGAAGCUCCCGAACUCAACGUGGAAGGUCCGAAAGGGAAAAUCAAGGGCCCCAAAUUUAAAAUGCCCGAAAUGAACAUCAAAGCUCCCAACAUCUCCAUGCCGGAGCUGGACCUCAACCUGAAAGGUCCCAAGGUCAAAGGGGGGGUGGACGUCGAUCUGUCUGCACCAAAAAUCGAAGGGGACGUGAGCUUGCCGGACAUCGACGUCAAAGGCCCCAAGGUGGACAUUGAAGGUCCAGAGCUGGACAUUGAAGGUCCAGAAGGGAAGAUCAAAGGCCCCAAGUUCAAGAUGCCCGAGAUGCACAUCAAGGCCCCCAAGAUCUCCAUGCCCGACGUUGACUUCAACCUGAAGGGCCCGAAAUUGAAGGGGGACAUCGAUGUCUCUGUCCCCAAGCUGGAAGGUGACCUGAAGGGUCCUGAACUGGACAUCAAAGGUCCCAAAGUGGACAUUGAGGCACCCGAUGUCGACAUCCACGGCCCUGAGGGAAAAUUCAAGAUGCCCAAGUUCAAGAUGCCCAAAUUUGGGAUGAAGGGAGAAGGUCCCGAGGUGGACGUGAACCUCCCAAAAGGAGACCUGGAUGUGUCCGGCCCCAAGGUGGACGUGGAGAUGCCGAGUGUGGACAUUGAGGGUCCCGAGGGGAAGAUCAAAGGCCCCAAGUUCAAGAUGCCCGAGAUGCACAUCAAGGCCCCCAAGAUCUCCAUGCCCGACAUUGACCUGAACCUGAAAGGUCCCAAAUUGAAGGGGGACAUCGAUGUCUCUGCUCCAAAGCUCGAGGGUGACCUCAAAGCCCCAGACAUCGACAUCAAAGGCCCCAAAGUCAAUGUCGACCUUCCUGAUGUGGACAUUGAAGGUCCCGAGGGGAAGAUCAAAGGUCCCAAGUUCAAGAUGCCCGAGAUGAACAUCAAGGCCCCCAAGAUCUCCAUGCCCGACUUUGAUCUGAACCUGAAGGGCCCCAAAUUGAAGGGCGAUGUCGAUGUGUCCCUGCCGAGUGUGGAAGGGGACCUGAAAGGGCCAAAGGUGGACGUGAAAGGCCCCGAAUUUGAUGUUUCUGCCCCAGAUGUUCAAAUUGAGGGCCCUGAAGGGAAGAUCAAAGGCCCCAAGUUCAAGAUGCCCGAGAUGAACAUCAAGGCCCCCAAGAUCUCCAUGCCCGAUUUCGAUCUCAACCUCAAAGGUCCCAAAUUGAAGGGGGACAUCGAUGUCUCUGUCCCCAAGCUGGAAGGUGACCUGAAGGGUCCUGAACUGGACAUCAAAGGCCCCAAAGUCAAUGUUGACCUUCCUGAUGUGGACAUUGAAGGUCCAGAAGGGAAGAUCAAAGGCCCCAAGUUCAAGAUGCCCGAGAUGAACAUCAAGGCCCCCAAGAUCUCCAUGCCCGACAUCGACCUGAACCUCAAAGGUCCCAAGGUGAAGGGGGACAUCGAUGUCUCUGUCCCCAAGCUCGAGGGUGACCUGAAGGGUCCUGAACUGGACAUCAAAGGUCCCAAAGUGGACAUUGAGGCACCUGAUGUCGACAUCCACGGCCCUGAGGGAAAAUUCAAGAUGCCCAAGUUCAAGAUGCCCAAAUUUGGGUUGAAGGCAGAAGGUCCCGAGGUGGACGUGAACCUCCCAAAAGGAAACCUGGAUGUGUCCGGCCCCAAGGUGGACAUUGAAGGUCCAGAGGUGUACGUGGAGCUGCCAGAGGGGAAGAUCAAAGGCCCCAAGUUCAAGAUGCCCGAGAUGCAUUUUAAGACCCCCAAGAUCUCCAUGCCCGACAUCGACCUGAACCUCAAAGGCCCCAAAUUGAAGGGGGACAUCGAUGUCUCUGUCCCCAAGCUGGAAGGUGACCUAAAGGGUCCUGAACUGGACAUCAAAGGCCCCAAAGUCGAUGUGGACCUCCCUGAUGUGGAGCUGGAAGGUCCCGAGGGGAAGAUCAAAGGUCCCAAGUUCAAGAUGCCCGAGAUGCACAUCAAGGCCCCCAAGAUCUCCAUGCCCGACGUCGAUCUCAACCUGAAGGGUCCAAAGGUCAAGGGUGACGUGGACGUGUCCCUUCCAAAGCUGGAGGGUGACCUGAAGGGUCCUGAACUGGACAUCAAAGGUCCCAAAGUGGACAUUGAGGCACCCGACGUUGACAUCCACGGCCCUGAGGGAAAAUUCAAGAUGCCCAAGUUCAAGAUGCCCAAAUUUGGGAUGAAGGGAGAAGGUCCCGAGGUGGACGUGAACCUCCCAAAAGGAGACCUGGAUGUGUCCGGCCCCAAGGUGGACAUUGAAGGUCCAGAGGUGGACGUGGAGCUGCCAGAGGGGAAAGUGAAAGGCCCCAAGUUCAAGAUGCCCGAGAUGCAUUUUAAAACCCCCAAGAUCUCCAUGCCCGACAUCGACCUGAACCUCAAAGGCCCCAAAUUGAAGGGAGAUGUCGAUGUCUCUGUCCCCAAGCUGGAAGGUGACCUGAAGGGUCCUGAACUGGACAUCAAAGGCCCCAAAGUCAAUGUGGACCUUCCUGAUGUGGAGCUGGAAGGUCCCGAGGGGAAGAUCAAAGGCCCCAAGUUCAAGAUGCCCGAGAUGCACAUCAAGGCCCCCAAGAUCUCCAUGCCUGAUUUCGAUCUCAACCUGAAGGGCCCCAAGGUGAAGGGUGACGUGGACGUGUCCCUUCCAAAGCUCGAGGGUGACCUGAAGGGUCCUGAACUGGACAUCAAAGGCCCCAAAGUGGACAUUGAGGCACCCGACGUCGACAUCCACGGCCCUGAGGGAAAAUUCAAGAUGCCCAAGUUCAAGAUGCCCAAAUUUGGGAUGAAGGGAGAAGGUCCCGAGGUGGACGUGAACCUCCCAAAAGGAGACCUGGAUGUGUCCGGCCCCAAGGUGGACAUUGAAGGUCCAGAGGUGGACAUUGAGGGUCCUGAAGGAAAACUGAAAGGCCCCAAGUUCAAGAUGCCCGAGAUGCACAUCAAAGCCCCCAAGAUCUCCAUGCCCGACCUCGACCUGAACCUGAAAGGCCCCAAGGUCAAAGGUGACGUGGACGUGUCCCUGCCCAGCGUGGAAGGAGAGCUGAAAGGUCCCGAGGUCAACGUCGCCGUCCCCGACGUCACCAUCGACAGCCCUGAGGGCAAAUUCAAACUGCCCAAGUUCAAGAUGCCCAAAUUCUCCAUGCCUGGCUUCAAAGGGGAUGGGGUGGACGUGGACCUGACCCUCCCCAAGGGUGACGUGUCCAUUUCGGGCCCCAGCGUGGACGUGGAGGCUCCUGAGCUGAGCGUGGACGGGAAAGUCAAAGGUCCCAAAUUCUCCAUGCCCGAGAUGAACAUCAAAGCCCCCAAGAUCUCCAUGCCCGACGUCGACUUCAACCUCAAAGGCCCCAAAUUGAAGGGGGACAUCGAUGUCUCUGCUCCAAAGCUCGAGGGUGACCUCAAAGCCCCAGACAUCGACAUCAAAGGCCCCAAAGUCAGUGUGGACCUUCCUGAUGUGGACAUUGAAGGUCCCGAGGGGAAGAUCAAGGGCCCCAAGUUCAAGAUGCCCGAGAUGCACAUCAAGGCCCCCAAGAUCUCCAUGCCCGACGUCGACUUCAACCUCAAAGGUCCCAAAUUGAAGGGGGACAUCGAUGUCUCUGUCCCCAAGCUGGAGGGUGACCUGAAGGGUCCUGAACUGGACAUCAAAGGUCCCAAAGUGGACAUUGAGGCACCUGACGUCGACAUCCACGGCCCUGAGGGAAAAUUCAAGAUGCCCAAGUUCAAGAUGCCCAAAUUUGGGAUGAAGGGAGAAGGUCCCGAGGUGGACGUGAACCUCCCGACAGGAAACCUGGAUGUGUCCGGCCCCAAGGUGGACGUGGAGAUGCCGAGUGUGGACAUUGAGGGUCCCGAGGGGAAGAUCAAAGGCCCCAAGUUCAAGAUGCCCGAGAUGAACAUCAAAGCCCCCAAGAUCUCCAUGCCCGACGUCGACUUCAACCUGAAGGGCCCCAAGGUGAAGGGGGACAUCGAUGUCUCUGUCCCCAAGCUGGAGGGGAACCUGCAGUGCCCAGAUGUCGACCUCAAGGGCCCCAGAGUGGACAUUCAGGCGCCGGACGUGACCCUGGAGGGCCCCAAGGUGAAGAUGCCUGAAGUUCACAUCAAGACCCCCCAGAUCUCCAUGCCCGACAUUGACCUCAACCUGAAGGGCCUGAAGGUCAAAGGUGACGCCGACCUGCAGGGCCCCAAGCUCGAGGGGGGUCUGAAGGGCCCCGAGGUCGAUAUCAAAGGCCCCAAAGUGGACAUCGAGUGCCCGGCGGUCAACGUCGAUGGUCCCGAGGGGAAAGUGAAGCUGCCCAAAAUGAAAAUGCCCAAAUUUGACUUUAAAGGAGAAGGUCCCGACGUGGAUGUGAACUUGCCGAAGGCUGAGGUGGAUCUUUCCGGCCCCAAGGUUGAUCUUGGCCUGCCAGAGGUCAACGUUGAAGGUCUGGAGGGCAAAGUCAAAGGUCCUAAAUUGAAAAUGCCCGAAAUGCACGUGAACGUCCCCAAAAUCUCCAUGCCCGAGAUAGACCUGAACUUGAAAGGCCACAAAACCAAGGGCGGAUUCGACGUUUCCACCCCGAAGGUCGAAGGUCACCUGAAAGGGCCCGAGGUUGACCUCAAAGGCCCAGAAUUCGGCGUCAAAGCUCCCGAAGUCGACGUCGAAUGUCCCGACCUGAGCAUCGAGGGCCCGGAGGCCAACGUCAAAGUUCCCAAGUUUAAAAAGUCCAAAUUUGGGUUCGGGAUGAAAAGCCCCAAGGCCGAGGUGGAUUUACCUGAGGGGGAGCUGAACGUGGAGUCACCCGAGGCCCACCUGUCCGGGAAAGGGAAGAAAAGCAAGUUCAAGAUGCCCAAAAUCCACAUGAGCGGCCCCAAAGUGAAGGGGAAGAAGGGGGCGUUCGACGUCAACGCGGCGGGGGCCGAGCUGGACGCCGAGCUCAACGUCACCGGCCCCGACGUCACCGUCAGGGGCGACGCCGCCGUGAAGUCCCCCAAAGGCAGGAAACCCAUGUUUGGGAAGAUCUCCUUCCCGGACGUCGAAUUCGACCUCAAAUCGCACAAAUUCCGCGGCGAGGCCUCGGCGGGGGUCCCCAAAGUGGAGGGCGAGCUGGAGGUCAAGGGCCCGAGUCUCAACGUGGAGGUGGAAGGUCCCGAUGCCAACCUGAAAAGCCCAAAAUUCAAACUCCCCGGGCUCCAGGUGGGCGCGGGGGACCUGAAGGUCGGGGGUGACCUGAAGGGCCCCGGCAUCGACGUCGCCGUCCCCUCGCUGGCGGCGCCCGACGUCGACGUCGGCGUGAAAGGACCAAAAGUGAAAGGCGAAGUCGGCGCCGCCGCCGCCGGAGCACAACUGGAAGGUCCCGAGGGGAAACUGGGAUGGCCCAAGGGGGGUAAAAUGGGUUUGGGGCUGGAGAUGCCGGACGUGAGCUCGGACGUGGAUGUGAAGCUCAAAGGGCCCCAAAUAUCCGGGCCUGAGUUGGAGGGGAAGCUGCAAGGACCAAAAUUAAAGGGAGAUUUGGACAUUUCGGGCUCCCUGGAAGGGCCCGGUGUUACCCUGGACGCGCCCGGCCUGGACCUCGGUGGCCUGGGGGGGAAGGUGAAGCUGCCCGCGGUGAAAUCCCCAACGCUGGAGGUCAAAGGGGGCGUCCCCUGCUCCGUCCAGUCCCCGGGGGCCACCCUGGACCUCAAGGGGCCCUCACUGGACGUCUCCGGGCCGGAUUUGGAUGUCAACCUGAAAGGACCAAAGUUGAAAGGAGACGUCGGCGUCAAAUCCCCGCAAGGGUCGGCAGACGACGGCGGCUUCGAAAUUUUGGGGGGCACCAUCAAACUCCCGUCCCUGAAGCUGCCCCAGUUCAGCAUCUCCGGCCCCAGCGUGGACGGAGGGGACGCGGGGGUCACUCUGGAAGGUCCCCAGGUCAAGGCGGGGCUGAAGGGCUCCGGUUUGGGGCUGGAAGGUGCCGAGGUGGAAGUGAAAGGGCCGAAAUUCUCCGCGCCGGACGUUGAGCUGAGGCGGAAAGGACCAAACGUCGACGUGGCCGGUGACAUCAAAGGGUCAAAGGUCAGCGUGGAAGCCCCUCACGGAGGGCUGGGCGUCCACCUGGAGGCUCCGGCUCUGGAAGCGUCCGGCUCGGGGUUGAACGUCAACGUGAAAGGGCCAAAGGUCAAAGGCGCCGCCGAGGCGACGCCGCCGUCGGUCGGCGCCGGUUCCGGAACCUUCCACGCCUCCUGCCCCAAGGUGGGCACCGAGGGCGGCCAGGUCAAAGUGUCCUUCCCCAAGCUGCGGAUGCCCAAAUUCGUCUUCUCCGAGCCCGAGGCCAAGGGCCGCGAGGUCGGGGUGGACGUCGACUUCCCCGGCGCCGACGCGGCCGAGCCGGAGCCGGACGAGGCCGAGGCGAGGCUGAAGAAAUCCAAGCUGAAGAUGCCCAAAUUCAACUUCUCCAAGCAGAAGGGACGCGGCGGCGGCGGCGGCGGCACCGCCCCGGGGUCCCCCGAGGCUUCGGGCUCCAUGUCCGGCUCCAAGGGCGACCUGAAGAGCUCCAAGGUGAGUCUGGGCUCGGCCGAGGGCGAGCUGGAGGCCGAGGCGCCGGCGGCCAAGGGCAAAUUCUCGCUGUUCCGCGGCAAGAAACCGCGGCCGCGCUCGUCGUCCUUCAGCGACGAGCACUCGGCCGAGCCGGACGCCGCCAGGCAGCCCAAGAGCAAAUUCGGGACCUUCGGGGGCAUCGGCUCCAAGGCCAAGGGGUGCUACGAGGUGACGGCCGAGGACGGGGGGCGGGCGCCGGGGUCCCCCAAAUCUCGCCUGUCCUCGUCCUCGUCCUGCGAGGGGGUGGCCCGGGGCGGGCUCCGCGUGCCCGGCCUGGAGCUGGCGGUGGCCAAAGGCAAGGAGUGACCGCGGGGGAGGGGUUGUACAUAGGCCUGGAGCGAGGGACACCCCCCCAAUGUGUACAGAGAGGGGGAGGGGCCCCCCCUCCCCACCAAAGAUUUUUGGGGUCCUCCCCCUUUGUGCUGAGAGCUUCGGGUUUUUUUUUUUCCCCUCCCAAUUUAUCCUUUUUUUUUGGAUAUUUUUAUUGGGGUUUGUUUUUUGUCCCAUUUUUUUUUCUUUUUAUUUUUUCUUUUCCUCCCUUCUCCGCCCCUCCCCCUCAAAAAAAAAAAGAUAUUUUCAGUGUUUGGUUCGUGGAAAUGAAUUUUUUUUUUUUUUUUUUUGUAUUUUUCCUUCAUUUUAACUUUUUUUUUUUUUGGCUUUUUUUUUUUUUUUUUUUUUUUUGCGGGGCUGAAGGUUCUGUUGGUUCGGUGGAUUUAUUCCAAAGUUUGGCUUUUUUGGGGUUUGUGAAAGAAAUGAAAACCAAAUCCGUGGAUCUUUUAUUAUUUUUUUUAAAAAAAUUAAAUAUUAUUAAAGAAAUAUUUUUUUUAAAAAUUAAAUAUUAUUUAAAAAAAAAUUAAAAUUAAAUAUUAUUUUAAAAAAAUUUAAAAAUUUAAAUAUUAUUAAAAAAAAAAGACCAAAACUGUGGAUUUCUAAAAAAAAAACCUACCCAAAACCGUGGAUGUAUUUGAUAAAUUGGAUAUAUUAAAAUAUAAAGAAAAAAAAAUAUGGAUUAACUAAAAAAAUUAAAUGAAAAAUAUGGAAUUAUUAGAAAAACUCAGAGUAAAAAUGUGGAUCUAUUAAAAAAAAUAUCAAAGAAAUGAACACAACAAUAAAUUAAAUGAAGGAAAUAACAACGACAAAAUUGGAUCAAUUAAGAAAAUAAACCAAAACUAAAAGGGGAUUUAUUAAAAAAACAAAAUUAAAUGGAUUUAUCCAAAGAAACCAAAAAAUUACGGAUUUACUGAGCAGAACAAACCAAAAAUACGAAUUAAUUACAUAAAAUAAACCAAAAACACGGAUUUACCAAUAAAACCAAACCAAACCCGUGGCUUUAUUAAUCAAAAUAAACCAAAACCCGUGGAUUUAUUAAUCCAAACAAUCCAAAAGCCACAACCCUGACCUCUGAAACUGAGAAGUGUCCCCAGAGCUUGGAAGAUUUUAAUCCGUGGCACAAGACCCGGAGAUCGAAUGACUCCGGGGAGGACGGAACGAGCCCAGAGCCACUCCCGAGGUUUUCCCUGCAGCUUUAUUUUCAUUUUUUUUUUUGUUGUUUUUUGGCUGUUUUAUGGCUGUUUUUUUGUCGUAUUUGUUACAUUCUUUGUAUUAUAAUUUGAUAAAAACACCCGUUUCCGUCUUGUUUAGCCCCAAAAUUCAAAAAAAAAAAAAAAAAAAAAGUGCGUCCGGCAUCCGGGAUGAAGUUUUGUUUUAUGAGGAUUUUGGGGAAGUUUAAAUAAAUUAAAUUUUUAAGGAAUUCCUCCCCCCCCUCCCUCUCCCAGAAAAUAUAAACCUGUUCCCUUUGCAGCACUUUAACGGCGAAUUAACGGGAGAAAAAACGGUGGAAAACGCAAAUAAAACCAAAAAUGUUUAUUAACCGCGA